AUGGCCGCCUUCCCCGAAUUUGAGGUUGCGAACUAGAAUAUUUUGCUGAUAAAAACAAGAAUUAUAUUGAAAUUUCUUAAUUUAAAUGCAAUAUCAAAUAAUUAAACAAUAGUUUGUUUAUUCAAAGUGUGUUUUAUACCAACAAAUUGACUGUGAAUUGUGUUAUAUGAGUUUUAAUUGUGAAAUGUACAAUGUUGACAGAUAAGUGAAAAUUAUUGAAGAUGAAAAGGGAUUUUCGCAUAAAACUCUUUGUUGUUUCCUCUGUAUAACAAGACGGUUAUAACUCACUAUUAUUAACAAACAAAAUUGACGUUAUAAGUGUAAAUAUGUGAGUUUAUAUGUGUAGGAAACGAGAACACCAUUUAUAUUGAAGUGUAAGAUGGAUAUCUCGCUUCUCAUAUCACUUUCGAUAUCCAGAAGGUGGGUCAAAGUGAGAUUGGACAUCAUAUUAGAAUAUUAUCAUAGAGAACUAUCGAGCUCAUGAAAGCGAACAUGGAUAAGAAUAUAAAGAAGAAGAACCACUCUAAUGGGAAAUACAAGAAGAAUGGUAAAGAAGGCUACAGGAUUGACGAUGACGUCAUCACGACUUGUUGCCUCUGCGUCAAAACUAAGAAGAGUAAAAAGAAGAGUUUUAUCGCCGGCUGUGUGACCAAUCUUGGUAUCUUCACUCUGCUCCUGGCUUACACACUGGUUGGGGCUUUCAUCUUCCUAGCUAUUGAGGGUGGAGCGGCCAAGAUACACCAGAAAACUCUCGCUACCACUUCAUACCAGGCUUCUGAAGGCCAAAAAACAGUUCCUCUGUCAAAACUAAAUGGGACUAUAAGUCAGGCUAGUGCAGAACUCAGGUCUCAGACGGUUGAAAGCAUUUGGGAGAUCACAGUGUCUUUGAACAUUUUGUAUAAGGAGAACUGGACUAGGUUGGCAGCUCAGGAGAUUGCCAGAUUUCAAGAGAAGUUGGUGGCAAGGGUAGCAGCUGAUGUUUCCGCGCAAUAUGGCGGUGCGAGGGCCUUGGAGUCAGCUCCUGCGUUGGUCGUCGAUGACUACGAGUGGAAUUUUGCGAAAGCAUUCCUGUAUUCUCUGACUGUGCUCACGACUAUUGGUUACGGCAGCGUUGCACCAAGGACAGCACUAGGAAAGGCGGUCACCAUAGGAUACGCAGUCAUAGGUAUACCUCUGACACUUUUAUACCUCUCUGUAGUAGGAGCCUUGCUAUCACGACUAGCCAGAAGCGUGUUCAGUAGAGCACUAUGCUGCUGCCUCUGCACAAAAUGUGGAUACUGUUGCCUCGACGAGAGAACAAUGACCAGCAAAGAGAGAAAGGAGAAAGUCAGAAGACAGGAUGACUUCAGACAUCAGACCUUACAUCUUCAAGAACCUUACUACGUCAGGUCUCCAUCAGGGACCAUAAUUUCCGCAUCACAAGCACACAGCGUCAGCACAAACUCAAUCAAGGAUAAAACACAAGGACUCAGCUUUCUAAGAGACUGUGACUCCAUGAGCUGCACUGAUACAGACUCCAAAGUAUCCCUUCGAGGAUUUUCAAUCUUAGCUCCUAUUGCGUUAUGUUUAGCGGCGAUUUUUACUUACAUCUUCUUUGGAGCUCUCGUUCUUUAUCAGUUAGAAGGCUGGAGUCCUAUUGACGGAGUUUAUUUCUGCUUUAUGAGUCUCAGCACAAUUGGUUUUGGACACUUAGCUCCUGGUGCGACACAGAAGAACGGUGCAUCAUCAGGUACCGUGUGGUUUUGCUCAAUUUACAUCAUGACCGGUUUAGCACUCACUGCCAUGUGUUUUAAUGUUCUACACGACGAGAUUGUCCAUCGGUUGAGGCAUCACGAGAAGGUUUUGAAAGCGAACAAUCAGAAGGUCUUAACAUCAGAGUUUCUUCAUAGAUCUUGACGAGACGAAAGCGGGAACUUGACUGAUGAUACAGUGAUGCAUUCGGAUGGAGAGUCACUGCCUGAGGUCCUACACCAUGUCUCGAAUGCUCGGUUGGAAGGUGGAGCGAUAAGACGAACUGUGUAUACCUUAAAAGAAGUGAAAGAGCCAGAGAGAGUGACUCCUAUGUAAGUGGACACCAGAUUACGUUCCCGAUUUUAUAGCACAUAAUAAUUUUGAGGCCAUUGUAGUUUUCAAGGAUUUGAUACAGUCUUAACCAAGAGUUAAGUAAAGAAAUGACUGAACUUAUGUGUUAAUUAUUUUUAUUAGUUUAGUAUUUGAGAUUAGGGAUUAAAUAGGACAGUGUAACUUGUGUUUUAUAAUAAUUGUAAUAAGAGUAAUUAUUGAAGUGUAAAACUAGAUAAGGUUAUAAGAUUAAAAGUUUUUUGUACGUAGAUUACUAUACGUUAGGAAGUUUGAGUGAUUUAUUAAAUUGUUGUAUGGAUAGAAAUACGGUCGUAUGCCAAAAUAUACUUUACUAUAUGUAUGUUAAUGAUAGUUUAUAUCUAAUGCGUAUCAUAUAAAACUAAAUUAUAUGAGGCAGUUGUGAAACGACUGUUCAACUGUUUGUCAAGGCUGCCUUGAGGUGAGCUGUUGUUUUAGUUUUUAAUCUUUCCCUCAACCUGGUUGGGUAGGCACUUAGUGUGGACUAAAUUCAAAAUAAUGUCUAAAUUUAAAACUGUCAAAUACUUUCUUUAAAUUUUACGGUUUAACUUUUGUGAGACAUAAGUACUAAAUUAAUUGUUAUGUUAUCGGCUUACUCACGUAACUGUUAGAAAAGGAACUAUACCUAAUUAUUUAAAUUGUUCCUGAAUUGUUGUGUAUUUAUUAAUUGACCAAUGCAUAUAUUUUUCUUACAGAUGUUGAAUAUUUUCGCACAAAUCGCUCUCACAGUAAGCGACGAUUAGUCAUUAGGUAAACCCUCUAUUAAAGUCACCCCAUAUUCUGAGAAGCGUUUUUUAAAGGAGAUAAUCAUCCAAUGGCUUCUCCCGCUUUGGACGAAUCAACAGAGAAAGUGUCAGACUCUUACUGACUAAAAACCACCCUUUUCCUACUUCUGCCCUUCGAGCCGGAACCCGGUAAAAUUCUGAAAAGCUUAACGCCAAAUAUUGGACAUACUUACAAAUACUCAAUUAAAAUAGUAGUAUCUAAAUAUGCAUAAGUUCAAAUUGAGGCAGUCUAUUAAUUAACAGUGGUAUAUAAAUAAAACUAUUCUCAAAUUGAGUAUUUAAGUAACGUUAUUGAUUUCCAAAAAUCCCUAUUUUUAUUAUGAUUAAGAAAUUUUGGUACCUACCUACGUAUAGUUUUUAAAAACCCUUGCCACGAAUUAAAAUUAGGAAUCUAUUAUUACUAAAAGUGUGAAGUUAUUGAUAAACAAUAAAUUAUUGUAUUAUGAUUCCUUUAUAUAUUUAUUUGUAUGUAAAAUUGUAUGAAAUGUAAAAAUAAACACAUUGGAAAUAGAAAAAUAAAGACUUUAAAAUUUGA